GAGAAAGUCGAGAGAUAGAAGUCUUGGGUACACAGGUACUCUAUGCGCUUUGCAUUUGUGCUCCGGCAUAGGCGAGGCCUCCUCAUGCAACAACAUCCAUCCCACAGCUCUGCGCAUGCUUCGUCCUCCGGCGGCUCCUUGAAGCGUCCGGCUCAGCAAGCACUCGGCCAGAGUCGCCCAUCUUCCUCAUCCUCCAUGAACCACAAUGCCGCGGGAGGAUUGUCUCCCUCCCCGCUAGACCGCCCAACCAAGGCACCAAAAGUCGACAGCAUGCAAACACAUCACUAUUCGUCGGCCGCCCCAGCAUUCGCGCAUAACUCACCGCGCGGCAGCCGCCUGCAAUCUCGCCCUGCGGCGCGAAGUUCUGGCAAGUCAAAACCAUUUGGAAUGGCCAAAAAGCCUGUUAUACAGGGCCCCGUGUAUGAUGAAAAGUACAUCAAGGAGACAUACAUGACGAAAUCUCUCAGGCCUGAAUGGGCUUCGAAUCCGAAGUCGCCGGUGGCGAACUGGUGUGCACUUAACAAACGCAGCUCGCCGAAGUAUGAUGCGGCUCAUGUUCUUGGACCGAAUGGCAUGAUGUGGAGAGCUACUCUUGCCAUCAAAGGCGAAACGGACGAUGCGAACAUAUCUGCUAUUGGAGACCACAAGCAAUCCCGCAAAGAUGCUGAGCGGUUAGCUGCGUUGUGCGCGUUGUAUCAGAUGGAUGCGAAGGACUUCUUCGAUCGCAAGCCAACGCAGCAGUCAGGAGACUGGUCUCCAACUGAAGUCACCUUGCCAGAUGGCUCGGUACUUGGUUAUGACAGGGCACGACAAUUUAUGGACUACUAUUGUCGGAGGUUCGGGUUUGGAAGGCCGGACAUUGAGUCCAUCGAGCUGCGCGGUAAAGGCAUCACCGGUUGGGAGGCAAUCAUGACCGUCGGUGGGCGGAAGAUUGGCAUGGGUACUGCACCAGCCAAGAAGCAAGCGAUGAUGAGCUGUUACGUCGAUGUCGCCAAGUAUCUUGAAACUUGCGAUCCCGAGCUGUGGAAGAAGUUUGUCACGGAUGCGAGGACAGGGAAGGACCUUGGCAUGGCAGUGCCCGUCCGCUUCUCCGUUGACCAACGCGUCGAGGACCAAGUUGCCGACCUCUGCACGGAGAUCAAGAGGAGUACACUGUACAAGAACCGGCCAAGGCUUCGUUCGCUGAUGACGGGCAACGACGACCCAGCGACCAUGGACCAGCAGUCUGUUGCUCCUCAGAAGUACGUGGCACCAUACCGUCGACGAGCCGACGAAGAGGCUCUUGCCCUGAAGUCGAAGGUUCUGCAGGAGAGACGCAAACAAUAUCUGGAGAACCCUGCCAUGGAGAAGAUGCGCAAGACUCGCGCUGCGCUUCCUGUCUACACCAAAGCUGACGACCUUCUUUCCCACAUCCGCGAACACGACGUUACGAUUUGUAUGGCAGCCACUGGCUCUGGCAAGACCACACAGAUUCCCCAACUCAUCCUGGACGACUGGAUAGACGGAGGAGAGGGCGCAAAGUGCAAUAUUGUCUGCACCCAGCCACGUCGUAUUGCCGCGAUUAGUGUUGCGCAGCGUGUAGCAGCGGAACGAGGAGAAAUCGCGGGCAAGGGCUCCAUUGGUUACCAGGUUCGAUUCGAAGCACAGCUUCCCGAGGACCACGGCAGUGUCACCUUCUGCACCACCGGUAUCUUCCUGAAGAGGAUGCAGUCCGCUUUGGAAGAAGGUGCACGCGGCAGGAGCCUCGACGAUGUGACGCAUAUAGUCGUUGAUGAGGUCCACGAGCGAGAUGUUGAUACUGAUCUUCUACUCGUCGUUCUCAAACGAUUGCUGGCGGAUCGCAAAGCGAAGGGAAAGCCCAUCAAGGUCGUGCUCAUGUCUGCCACUAUCGAUCCCAGGCUCUUCCGCGAAUACUUCCCUGACGAGCAGGGCGACCCAGCCAGCGUUAUCGACAUUCCCGGUCGGUCGUUCCCUGUGCAGAAGCACUUCUUGGAUGAGUAUCUCCUGCAGCUUCUCGAAAGCGCCGGCCCCGAGGGCCAAUGGGUGUUCCAGGACGAUAGUGUUCGUAAAUACAUUGCGCAGGAGCUCGGUGGCAACCUCCCGAACCAUCCUGCAUUCAAUUCGUUCCGGCAACGCUACGGUCAAGGAUCAACCGAGGAGGAUCUCGAUCUACCGUAUCCCCUCAUUGCUCUUACUAUCACCCACGUGCUGCAGAAAUCCGACGACGGACAUGUUCUUGUCUUCCUUCCCGGCUGGGACGAUAUUAUCGGCGUGCAAAGGGCGCUUCAAAACCCAAGAGGAGGGAGGCUCGGCUUGAACUUCAACUCUUCGCAGUUCAGAAUCCAUUGUCUCCACUCAACCGUGCCAAUUCAGGAGCAGCAACUCAUCUUCGACCCUCCACCACCCGGACAGCGUCGCAUCAUUCUUGCUACCAACAUCGCCGAGACCUCCGUCACUAUUCCUGAUGUCGUGUACGUCGUUGAUUCAGCCAAGAUCAAGGAGCAACGAUAUGAUCCGGAGAGGCACAUCUCAUCUCUUGUUUCCGCAUGGGUCGGCUCGUCGAACUUGAACCAGAGAGCAGGCCGUGCCGGUCGCCACCGUCCAGGAGAAUAUUAUGGUAUUCUUGGCCGUCGCCGCGCGGACAACUUGCAUCCUCACCAGACGGUCGAGAUGAAGCGUGUUGACCUCAGCAACGUUGUCAUGCAUGUCAAGGCGCUCAACUUCCCAGGCAUGGCCGUCGAGGAGGUGUUAGCCGCUACGAUCGAGCCGCCGCCUGCGGAGCGCGUAGCAGCGGCAAUGAACUCGUUGCAGAUGGUCGGCGCGCUAGACGACAACAAGAACCUCACAUCGCUCGGACGUGUCCUCCUCCAGCUGCCAAUUGACGCGCAAAUGGGCAGGCUUGUCCUCUUCGGAAGUUUCUUCCGCUGUCUUGACCAAGCCCUAACCCUUGCCGCCAUCCUUACAAAUCGCGACCCGUUCGUCUCGCCCAUGCACCUGAAGGACGAAGCGUCUGCACGCAAGAUCUCUUUCUCGCCUGAAGAGUUCCGCUCUGACGCCUUGGCGACUCUGCGCGCAUAUAAUCAAUGGUGGGAGAUAUACAGCCGGGAGGAGUAUAAUGCCGCCACUCGAUUCUGCCUGGAGAACUUCCUGUCGAAGCCGACUCUCGUGAUGAUCCAGAAGAUCAAGUCGCACAUUCUUCAGUCUCUGUACGACAUCGGCGUCAUUGAGGUCUCCGCCAGUGGCACUGCUGCUGUCAGGCCAACGAGGUCCAGAGGAUCUGUGUUGACUGUUCCCGCGGAGCUCAAUAAGAAUGGCAGUUCUCUGCCUUUGCUCGCUGCACUCAUUUCGAUUGCUGUCCAGCCCAAGUUCGCUGUUCGGUCCUCUGACAAAACUUAUAGGACUUCGCAGGACAAGGUGGUCUUCAUUCAUCCCUCUAGUGUCAAUCACCGCAAAAGGCUUGAGAAGGACGGCGACGGCGCAGUCACCGAAGAAAAGCAUAUCAUUGCUUACGUUGAAAAGCGCCAAAACCUUUCGGCGGCAGGAGCGAACGCGAAUGCGCAGAAGUUCUUGGUUAACACGACUCGUCUGGAUCCAUUGACGUACAUGCUCUUCGGCGCACAUCGCGUCGAAGUCACUCGUCGGGGACUCGAUUGCGACGAGUGGUUGCCCAUCGUCGGCGACCUGAACGUACUCGAUGAUCUGGAACAUCUCAAGGUCAUGAUGGAGUCGUGCCUGCUUCGUGUCUUUGAGGGUAUCACCAAACUCCGGGCCAAGCGGCUGGCACCACCGAUGGAGGGUAAGGAAGACGAGUCGGGCGACGAGGAUGAGGACGUCAGAAACGAGCCGCUUUCUGCAACGGAGAUCAAGGAGCUCGACUACCUCGCACAAGACAUGGUCAGCAUCCUCAACAACUACAGCACGUACCGCUCGACGAGCCAGUCCCGCCCCAACACCCGACCGGCCACCCCUAUGGAUUCUCCCUUCUGGUCAGCAAGUAUGCUCCCGCCGCCGGGCGUAAGCGGUGCUCGGUCUGGCUAUUCGACGCCCCGGCACAUGAGCACCAGCUUCUCUUCCCGGCCCAACACGCCAAGCCGCCUGUCCCGGAGAUGAUGUGUACUUGAUCAGCAGCUGUCCAUUUCGAUUUGCAUGC